CACCAUCAUCACAACAUAUGAUACAGUACAAGAAACAGAAAAGAGAAAUGGCAAAAAUUGUUGAGCUUCUUCUUCUUCUGGCCUCUGCAUUUCUCUUUGUUUCCUUAGCAAAUGGUUACAGAGGAAUGGUUGGAGGCAGAACGGAAGUGAAGGACGUAGAGACUAAUCAAGAGGUGCAAGAUCUGGGCAAAUUCUCCGUCGAGGAGUUCAACGAGCAGAUUCACCGCCACGGCAACGGCGGAGAAGAACUAAUAUUCUCGGAAGUAGUGGAGGCGCAGAGGCAGGUAGUUUCUGGAAUAAAAUAUUAUCUGAAAAUUGAGGCCGCAACAAAAGUUAAUGGAGAAAUGAAGGUUUUUGAUUCUGUUGUUGUUGUUAAGGCUUGGCUGGAAUCCAAGGAGUUGAUUUCAUUUGAGCCUGAUGUAAAAUUGAGGGUUAGAAAAUAGAAAAAGGGAAUUAAAACGUUUUGUCGUACGAUCAAUUUUGGCAGUGUAGUACCGGUAGGUGUUUUCUUUCUCCCUUGUCUAUCAUUAUCAAAUAAUAGAAAAAAAUAAAAUCAAGUGGAAAUGUAUGCAAAUCCAUAUAUAAAUAAAAUUAUAUA